UUCGCCUACUCCUCUUCCUCCGCUUCCUGCUCCUCCUGCUCCUCCUGCUCCUCCUCCUCGCCGCCGGAGCAGCAACUGGCGCUGUUUCUGAUGCAGCCGUGCGGCGGUGGGGAGGCGGCGGCCGGCACGGCGGGGGUGGCGCUGCAGCCGGUGCCGAGCGCCGACGCGCCGAUGCCGCCCUCCUCUAGCGGCGGUUUCAUGGUGCUGUACGGGCUGGGGGGGCCCGGCGGGGCCGAGGCGAGGGAGGAGGAGGCCGAGGCUGAGGCCGAGGCGGCGGGCGGAGAGAGUACGGCCAGCCUGGAGGAGCUGGAGGAGGAGGAGGCAGAGGCAGGGGCAGCGGCGGCUUCGAGCGGCGAGGCGGCGGCGGGCGGCGAGUGCAAGAGCUGUACGUACCAGGGCUGCAGCGAGACCACCACGCAGGUGGUGAAGCAGCGCAAGCCCUGGAUGUGCAAGCGGCACCGCAACAAGAUCUACAAAGACAAGUACAAGCGCAAGAAGAGCGACCAGGCCCUGGGGGGCGGCGGGGCGGCGGCGGCCGCCGGGGGAGGCACCCGGGCCGAGGAUAGUGUUGAAGGUUCAGUUCCUGUUACAAAGCAGAGAACAGGAUCCAUUGGAGAUCGCCCAGCAAGACCUACUCUUUUAGAGCAAGUAUUGAAUAAAAAAAGGCUGUCCCUACUCAGAAGCCCAGAAGUAGUGCAGUUUCUACAGAAACAACAGCAACUGUUAAGUCAACAAGCUUUGGAACAAAGGCAACAACAGUUUCAAGGAGCCCCUGGGUAAUGAGAACAGAUCAAUGACCUUCAGAUGAGUCUGGUGCUGAAGGAGGGGAUAGGAUCUGUGUUUUGUAUAAAUACAAAGAAUUUCAGUGUUCAAAGGAAAAUGAAAGUU